AUGCCUUUCAAGGUCAACGCUGAGCUCGCCGCUGUGCUAGGCAAACUCAGCGGUGGUAUUGAUCCUCAUCCGCCACCAAAGCUCGGCGACGUCAAUGCAAGACGUACCCUCAUCGCCCCUGGCAUCAAGGCCCUCGUAGGGCCCAACUUUCCUAGCGAUGUGAGGACUAAAGAUUACUAUACGCCGAGUCCAGAUGGUCAUGAGAUCCUGCUUCGUUGGUACCACACGGACGAGCAACCACAAAAUCCAGCCGUCGUCUACAUUCACGGAGGAGGCAUGAUCUUGGGCAGUGUAGAUGACUAUCAUGUCCUCGUGGCUGGCUACGUUGCCCGAACCCGCGUUCCAUUCCUGUCCGUCGAGUACCGUCUCGCACCAGAGUUUCCCUACCCAACUCCUCUGAACGACAUCUACGCGGCGGUCAUGUGGCUCUAUAGCAAGGCGAAGCACCUUACUGUUGACCCCCAGCGCAUCGCCAUCAUGGGGGAUAGCGGUGGAGGAGGUCUUGCUGCCGCCACAUGUCUCCUAGCACGUCAAAGAGGAGGCCCGAGGCUGGCCAAAAUGAUACUCCUGUCUCCGAUGCUUGACGACAGGACCAUCGUGGCGGAUGAGCACACCUCGGCCCUAGCCAGCUGGACUGCAAUCGAUAACGAAACGGGAUGGUCAGCCUUCCUUGGGCCAAAACGUGGGCAGCAAGACGUUCCUGAAACCGCCUCUCCAGGACGUAUGAGAGAUGCCGCUGGGUUACCGCCCGCAUUUGUUGAAGUGGGUGAACUGGAUCUGUUUAGAGACGAGGUGAUUGAAUUCGCUGCAAAGUAUUACAAGGCUGGCGUGGGCAUGGAACUGCACGUGUACCCGGGAUGUACUCACGGGUUUGAUCUGUUCUCCCCCGAGAGUAGCAGUAUUGCAAAGAGAGCAUUUGAAGUCAGAGAUGCGGCCAUCAUGGCGAUAGAGGCCAUUGAAUAG